AUGCCUCCAAAGUUCGACCCUAGUGAAGUUAAGUUCCUCUACUUGAGAGCCGUUGGUGGUGAGAUCGGUGCCUCCUCCGCCUUGGCCCCAAAGAUCGGUCCUUUGGGUUUGUCCCCAAAGAAGGUCGGUGAGGAUAUCGCCAAGGCCACCAAGGACUUCAAGGGUAUCAAGGUCACUGUCCAAUUGAGAAUCCAAAACAGACAAGCCACCGCUUCCGUUGUCCCAUCUGCCUCUUCUCUUGUUAUCACUGCUUUGAAGGAGCCACCUAGAGACAGAAAAAAGGAGAAGAACGUCAAGCACUCCGGUAACAUUCCAUUGGACCAAAUUUUCGAGAUUGCUAGACAAAUGAAGGACAAGUCUUUCGGUAAGAACUUGGCUUCUGUCACCAAGGAGAUCUUGGGUACUGCUCAAUCUGUCGGAUGUCGUGUUGACUACAAGAACCCACAUGACAUCAUCGAGGCCAUCAACGCUGGUGAGAUCGAUGUUCCAGAGAACUAA